AAAGUGAGUCACGUGCAGAGUGUCAUAGAACUACAUUUAAAUAAAUUAAAUGUAUGAUUUAAUAAUAAUUUAAUUAGAUUAAGUUAUUUAUUUAUGUAAUGUUCUAAUUUUAUAUGAUUAUUUAUGUAAAUUCUGCGUGACUGUGACGUGUUUUAAAUGCGUGCGUGCUGAACACUGGAGCGGAGGGAGUUGCCAUGGUAACGGGUCGUCAACACAACGACUGACAAGCAGGAAGCUCCGUUUCUCGCUGCUGUUUUUACUGUUUUCGAAGAAAAACAAGAGCACGGCAAGAUGGGAGGCUCCAAGAUUUCACAAUUUCUGAGGGGAGCCGCAGACGGAGAAGUAAGGAACACAAGUGAACAGGUGAAGCUUCUUAACAUUUUAAGAGGGCUUUGACAUCCACAAGUAAGAAGUAUGAGCAAUAUUAAAUAAGUAAACCCAGAAGCAAAUUAUGUCAUGUUAAAAGAAUGUUUUCCGUAUAUUCUUCUUUCUCUUCUACGUUUCACCUGCUCUAGCUUGGUUCCUUGUAACAAAUCUGGCUGGCAUUGUAUACUAAAUAUUGUUGGCUCUGUGACAAAUUGCUUGUUAUGUUCCUACAUUCUUCCAUGUUGAUGGCCUGCACCCCAGACUCAGAGCGGACCUCCUGUCGGACAACAUCUCCCAGGCACAAUGAACCAUAUGGCUAAUGCUCACAAAGGCUGAAUUUAUUAAAAAAUGCAGAUUUAAAAAAAACAAAAAACAAAAACAGUAAUACUGUGAAAUAUUAUUACAAAUUAAAAUUAAUGUUUUCUGUGUGAAUAAAUUGUAAAAUGUAAUUUAUUCCUGUGAUCAAAGCUGUAUUUUCAGCAUCAUUACUCCAGUCUUCAGUGUCACAUAGUGAUGUUACGUUCGUGAACGAAUCGUUCUUUUUGAACGAAUCUUUUAAGUGAACGAAUCAUUCUCGUUCACGUAAUCCAUUGACUCAUAUUUCUCGUUCACUGAAAUUCCUCCGUCCGCAGCAGCGCGGCGCUAUUAGCAGCGCAUGCGCACAUCAGUGAUCCGGGUAGUUGUGUGGACUGUUUCACCCUGUCAAAGAAUGACUAAACCUCGAGCCAAUAGCCUUCGAGUAUGAGAUGUGACGGAGCAUGUGAUUUGUUGAAUGUAGUGAACGAAUACGCCCAUCACUGACCGAGUCGCUGUUUUAAGUCUGAACGAGAGAGAGAUCUCGUUCGUGAACGAACUGGUACAUGAGUCAUGACAUGUCGUUCGUGAACGAAUUGAACGAACUGGUACCAUGAGUCAUGACAUGUCGUUCGUGAAUGAAUGUGUACCGGGUAGGUCGGUCAUUUUAGCAUGUGAGUCAGUCUCGUUCAGCAAUCAGCUGAAAGUGGAUGCAAAGUGCUGCAGGUACUGUGGCAAUGUGCACAUACGCUUGUUUAUAUAUAUUCAUAUUUAACAUAGGCUACAGAACAUAACUCCACGAUUUAUGAAUGUGUAAAAGUCCGACCAAACAAUUAAAAAAAUACUUAUGCAAGAAAACCUUAUGUUUUGGUCAUCUGAACCCAUUUUAUUUAUUUAAUGAGUAGAUUACUAUUUGUUGCAAAAACUGAUUUGACUUUAUUAAAAUGUGUAAUGCAGUACAAUUGUUUACUUUAGACAUGACACAUAAGACACUCUUUUUCGCCCCCUGCUGGCAUAUAUAUGUAAUUUGAAGAAAUGGUUAGUGAACGAAUCAUUUUGGUGAACGAACUGAAAAUGAACGAAUCCCUGGAAAGAAUCAAAAUUUCCAUCACUAGUGUCACAUGAUUCUUCAGAAAUUAUUCUAAUAUGCUGAUUUGCUGCUCAAGAAACAUUUCUGAUUAUUAUCAAUGUUGAAAACAGUUGUGAUGCACAAUAUUUGUGUUUUUUUUUCUUCACGAUUCUUUGAUGAAUAGAAAUUUCAAAAGAACAGCAUUAGUUGAAACCGAAAACUUUACACUCAUUUUUGAUCAAUUUAAUGCAUGCUUGCUGAAUAAAAUAAGAAUUUCCUUUAAAAAAAUAAACAAACAAACUUUACACUGUUAAAACAUUCGCACAAAAAUACUUUUUUUUACAUUCAUAUUUGGGUCAUUCUACAGAAACAUCCACUUUUGGUAUGGCAAGAUGUCUUAAAAUGUAUUAUAUAUUUUUUUUUACGUUUAAACUUAGACCACAUUAUUAGAUUACCUUUUGACUUUAUGAAUACGCAUAAAUGACAGCUAAAUUAUUUUUAUAUUUUUUGUACCAUUUAUUUAAAGACCACAUUGUAACAUUUUUUUUUUGUCACUGGUGUUUUGUCAGUGCUGAUUAGCUGCGUGUAUCCUUUAUCUUCAAACAAAUUGAGAAUAGGUUUGUUGCAGUGAGACAGCUGAUCUUCAUUAAAGUCUCCACACACUACAACAGACCUGAAAUCCAUGAUCUCCAGAGAUGUCAAGAGGUGUCAAGAGGGCAUUCAGGUUUGCCAAAAAGUCUGCUAAAUUAUAACUGGGUGAUCUUCAAAAUAAUAUUCCAGGUCAGUAACAUGUACAUCAGAGGAGAAACUUGAAAGCUGUUCUUCACAUAAAUGGCCACUCCACCACCGUUCUUAUUUGCCACAUGGACGUAGUUUGUGUAGGAUGCAUGUCUGUUGCGUUUGUACAUGGUGUAUCCAUCCAGCUGCAGGUAUGCAGGAACAGCUGAGCCUGACAGGUGAGUUUCGGUGAGACAAAACAUCAGCCAGUAAAAGUUCAUGGUGGCAUUUCAAAUCAUCCAUAUGACACUCCAGUCCCUCUGUUAUGAUGAAUGAUUUUAAGAGCUGAACUCAUUUUUGAAUCCUGUACAAUAUGAAGGAUGGGUUGAAUAUUGUGCUCUUCCAAGAGGAGGCAGCUGGAAGAAAUCGCCAACAGCGAGUAUGGACAAUCCACCAAAAGGUUUCUGGUUUCCUUUUAUCUGUUGCAGUCUCCAGUUCACAUAUGCAAACAACUGUUUUGACACCAUUGAGAUUUCAUCAAUAAUUAAAAUGUGUGCAUUAAAAAGGUCUGCCAAUCCUGUCAUCCACACAUUCUCCACAUCAUCAUCCAUGGCCCGCAAGUACUUCAUUGGUAAACUCAUCUUUUCAGCAUUGUCAUCAGUGGGUAUGAAAAUGAUUUCAAUUUCAGACUGCAUGUGCUCUUCCUGAAUUGUUCCUGAUUCCUGUAAUUCUGAAUGAUAUAAUUAUUUUGUCUGUCCCUGUAUUGCUCAUCAUUCUUGUAAUUUAAGGUUAUUUUACUCUUUUUAUUUCCUCUGUAUUGUUCAUUAUUUCUGUACUUGUUAAUCGCGUAAGACUUUCUUCUCUCUCUGUAUUCAUUAAUAUAUUUAUACUUGUUUUUCAUUGUUUGUUUGUGCUCUUCUCUAUAAAUCAUAUUAUUCCAGUAGUUGUUCUUCAUGGCUUGUUUAUGUCUUUGUCUGUAUUCACUACUUGACUUAUAAUCAUAGACUUUACGUACAGCCUGUUUUUUGUCAUAAACACCUUGCCUCUGAACCAUUUCUUUGUGCCAUUUUUUACUGUAAGACCUUCGCUUUCGAGUCUUGUUCAGUUUUUCUGUCUGCUUGACUAUGAAUUGUGAAUUCUGGUGAUUUGGAGCUGACAAUGCCAAUUGAUCCUGUGACAGUAUGUUAUGAGAAAGUUCACUCAAUGGUACAUUUUUAUAUUUGUUUUGAUUCUGAGUGACAGUAGUAAGAACUUCCAUUUUAUCUUGAUAAAUCAAGUGGGCUUCUUCAUCAGUUGAUUUGGCUCUGUUAAUAGUCUCAGAUAGUUGAUUAACUGGAUCUUGGACUUGAACAUGUGGGACAUCAGUGGAUGAGCAUUGUUCAUCGUUUGAUAGAGCUUUGUUCUCAAAUGAGAAUGAUGGUUGCACAUCAUGUUCAAGGUCACAGCAGUUCAGGAAUACUUCAGUCAGAGGUUCUCACAGGGCUUUCAACCGAGGAGAUCCUUCAAAAAAUAUCAGAAGCAGGCAUAGAAGUAACCGACGUCGAAGCCCAGAGAUUCAGAGAUAAUGAUGUGGAUGGUGAAACAGUUGACUGUGGCCUCACAGAGACUAUGGUUGCGUACUUGUUUCAAGGAUCUUUUAAGAAGCAAGCCAAAUUCAACCAGUUUGUAUGUAAGCUGAAAGAGACCGUAGUAACCCUGACAUUAGAGCCUGUGCCUCCAGAGGAAUGCCAGCAAUCUUGUUCAACUAUACCAAGGAAUGGAGCUAAUGUGAGAAUGCCUGCUAGUUUUGACAUUCCAGCAUUCCCCAGACACCUACAAGCAAAGCUAGACAACAAAGAACCAUGCCAGAAAAAUCCAAAGGAUAGACACAUAAUGAUCCGGGUUCUCUAUGAGGCUGUGGCACAAUACACAAUGUAUCCCACAACUUCAGAAUAUGUGCAAGUUGUGAAGAUGCUGAUUGUGAAAUAUCCUUUCCUGAAGGAUCUUGAGGGAAAUGGUUAUGCACCAAGUGUUCUGGGUGAGGAUCCAUCCUCCAUUGAGACUCAUGUGAAUGUAUUGCAUAGCCAGUACCAGAAGAUGCAACCUGACUUCAGGAUUGUACAAGACCGAAUGCAGCAGACGUUUGCAUGGCGGCAAAAGGAGAUUGCUGAUGGCAUGACUGUAGAGGACACAGUUAAGAAGUACCCUUUCUUAAGGACACCCACCGGGUUGUGUGAUGAGUUGGAACGUAUCCAUCCAGCAACAGGGAACUUGUGUAAGCGAUUCAGUGAAGGCUUCAAAUGUAUUGUACCGAAGGUGCUUCACCUAGCUCAGAGGAAAUGCCCACUAUUCAAGUUUUACCUGGAGACAAAAGAAGAAGCUCUUACUGAGGAUCUUCCAGAUAUUGACUUUAGGGCAGCCCUCAUCUUUCUGCCUUACAUCUUCAAGGAGAACAUUGAUCGCUUUAUUACACUUGGGGAGACUGAUCUUGAUAGCCCGUACCCAACUCCUUGGCCAGGAGAGCUCCAAACAUUCUGAAAGUGGACCACAUCGAGGUGUUUCGCAACUCAGGAAUUGAUGAAGGAAUCCUCUCAGCCUUCUGCACAUACUUCGUGUUCAAUCUUGCAUAUCCAAGACAUCUGAAGAACACUCUGAUGUUUCUCCAAAGGUAC